AUGGAAGCCAUUAGAAAGCAGGCCACGAGGCUUCGAGAGCAGGUUGCUAAGCAACAACAGGCUGUUCUGAAGCAGUUUGGUGCGAGUGGAUAUGGAGGUUCAGACGGUUUAGUUACUGAUGAGGCUGAAUUUCAUCAGCAUCAGAGGCUCGAGAAGCUUUACAUAUCGACUCGUGCUGGCAAGCACUUCCAAAGGGAUAUUGUUCGUGGUGUGGAAGGGUAUAUUGUUACUGGAUCCAAACAAGUGGAAAUAGGAACAAAGUUAUCAGAGGAUAGUCGGAAGUAUGGCUCUGAAAAUACUUGUACUAGUGGCAACACAUUAUCAAAGGCUGCGCUCAAUUAUGGGCGUGCUCGUGCUCAGAUGGAGAAGGAGCGGGGGAAUUUGUUGAAAGCUCUUGGUACACAGGUCGCAGAGCCACUUAGGGCGAUGGUGAUGGGAGCUCCUCUGGAAGAUGCCCGACAUCUUGCUCAACGUUAUGACAGAAUGAGACAAGAAACUGAAGCGCAGGCCAUUGAAGUUUCUAAACGGCAGGCAAGAGCAAGGGAAAUGCCAGGUCAUUCUGAGGUUUCCAUGAAAUGGGAAGCUGCAGAGUCGAAGCUUCAAGAUCUCAAGGCUAACAUGGAUAUUCUGGGGAAGGAAGCAACUGCAGCAAUGGCAGCUGUUGAAGCUCAACAACAGAGGUUGACUCUCCAACGGCUUAUAUCUAUGGUUGAAUCAGAAAGAACUUAUCACCAAAGAGUUCUUCAAAUACUCGAUCAGCUCGAAACUGAGAUGAUAUCAGAACGACAAAGGAUUGAAGCACCUCCACCACCCGUCGAGAACAACAACAUGCCCCCACCACCUCCAUACGAAGAAGUCAAUGGCGUUUAUGCCUCUCAAACACAAAAUGGCUCAACAGAUAGUAUGGGAUAUUUCUUAGGGGAGGUUAUGCAUCCUUACAAUGCCGAAACUAGCGUUGAGCUUUCUCUGUCAGUCGGUGACUAUGUUGUCGUCAGAAAGGUGACGAAUAAUGGGUGGGCGGAAGGGGAAUGCAAAGGGAAAGCAGGUUGGUUCCCAUUUGGAUAUAUCGAACGAAGGGAGCGAGUCCUGGCGAGCAAAAUAGCUGAAGUGUUUUGA